AUGGACAACUGCUGGCAAUACCUUUCUGCCAAUGUGGCUGCAUGGAACCUAACAGCGGUAAACCUGACCCAUCAGUACAUCUACUUGACUGGACCGACCAGUGGGGACUUAUGCCGCAAAUUUGUCGGUGACGAACGAAUGAUCGGAGACAGUACCUGUAAGUACUCUAUUGCCAUCUCCCUGUCGGGGCGGAAGAUCCUGGGUGAGGAGGACACCCUCCGCUCAGAGGUGCAGAGCCAGCAGUUCAGGCAGUUCUGCUUCCAGGAGGCCAAAGGACCCCGAGAGGUUUGCAGCCGACUCUACCACUUUGUCCAUCAAUGGCUAAAGCCAGAAAGGCACACGAAAGCUCAGAUGCUGGACCUGGUGAUCUUGGAGCAGUUCCUGGCUGUCCUUCCCCCAGAGGUGGUGAAUUGGGUGAAGGAAUGUGGAGCCGAGACUAGUUCCCAAGCGGUGGCCCUGGCCGAAGGGUUCCUCCUGAGUCAGGCAGAGGAGAGGAAGCAGCUAGAGCAGCAGGUGAGAGAGACUUUCCUUUGGAUACUCCCAAGGGAUCCUUUUUUGGAAAGCAGCCAUUGA